CUCUAUGGAAGGAAAGACGUGCAAGAAGGUGACGGUUAUCGUUUGGUGACAAGAAAAGCCCCAAAGGGUGUAAACUGUUUUUUAGCAUAGAGUUUCUUACAAUAAGCUAUAUGGUUUUUUUACAGUACAAAAGCUUCCGAGUUCUCCAACACACCACUGGCGUAUGUCUAAGCUGGACAGGUUUACCACUCCUAAUUUCACUUUGCACCGAUUACGCGGGCCAUACGCACAACACGGUAGUUGUGUGCAAUCAGGUGCUGCCAACAAUUAUUAAGUACGUCAGCAGACCCGUACUUUCCCCGCAAUGCAGCGUUGGUCGCCUGCAUAAAAAUACUCUGCGGUCGUCUCAUGUCGUCUGCUGCCGCCUAGCAACGCCGCUCCUGGGAACAACGCCAGCGCCAUCGCCACUGCCAUUAGGUAAAAAUGGCGGACGAGGAGAUCUACUGCGGAAGCUGGAAGAUUACGAAAUGCAUAUCACUCGCGGCGGGCACGGAAGUUACAGAAGUGGAAGGCACCGUUUUCACAUUGGACGAAAGCGGCGACCUGUCGUGGACGAUCCCGGACCAUGCAGCCCAGAUGCCUUUCUUCAGCUGCGAGACCUACGAGGUUUUCCUUGGGAACCCGCACUACAUACGGUUCUUUGGAACGUUUGCUGGACACAUGAUCGAAUUUCGGGUAGCGCAUGCGGAUGAAGACGGCAUCAACCUUAUCUACGAGGGGUGGUGCGUGCUGCAAUGUGUCAAACUCGCAGAGAAGGAAGUCGGCUGGGACGAGCCCUUCUCCUACCUGCCCGCCCUGGAGGAAGGAUACUUUUCCGACGCCAUCAUCACCGCCAAAGGUGGAAAAGAGUUCCCAGUUCACCUGACCCUGCUUCGGCUAAGCUGUCCAGCCGUGGAAUGGGCUGCAGGCAAGCCCAGCCCACUGGAUGGGUUGCCCGAGGACGUCGUCGCGGCAGCGUUGCACUAUGCCUACGCCGACUGCCUGCCACCGACGCUGACCGAGGAGACAGCGAAGGCAUGUGUCUCGCUGCUGAGCCCGCCGGCUGCCGUCGGAUUCGAGCGUCUCGUCGACCUCUGCGAGCUCUUCCUGCGCAGCAUGGCCGUUAAGCAGCGUGUGGUGUCACUUAUCAAUGAAAUGCACCAGUGUGCCGCGAUUGUGGCAGACUGCUUCAGUGCUCCAUCCGGCGGCAGCGGAGAAGGCGGCGCCGCCGCGGAAGGAUCUGUGUCGCCCACGGCGAGUCCCGCACGCCUCUGCUACGUCGUGGGCCAGGCACUGCGGGAGUGUGCCGUUGGGGCCUCCAAGCUGCUGCUCCUGUGUGGUGUUUCCUCGCGGCAUAAGCACCUGCUCUCGCGAGACGAGAGACAGCAGAUCGUCAUGCACUGCGUCUCGAGGUUGCCCGCAUUUAUGAGCCAGCUACAAAAGCUUCUGGAGGCUACGAAGAGGACAUUUGGAAACCUUUCGUUUGCAGAAAGGACAGCUAUAGCCGCAUAUGUUGUCCCCGAAAUUGAGUCUUCCCUAGAGUCGCUCUUCCAGCUCAUCGCAGAAGCCAAGCGAGCCCUGGACCUGAUCAUCAGUCGAAUGACCAACGACAAGAUGACCACAGAACCGUAUGUCGCUGACCUGCCCGUCGGUGAGCUGCUCAACCGGAACCUCAGAAACUCCCUAAACGUACGAGAGUUGGUGAAGCUGCGGAGUUUCUAUGAAAAGGUUUUCAUGACCUUCAUCACUCUCAUGCGGAAAAAGGAAAGCUUCUGUGACAUGGGGGGCGGCAGCAAGAUUCGGUCGGUGACGAAGAACUUUGAACAGUUCAUCGAUGAGAUUCCCAUGCUGAUUCUUCGGAUCGAGGAAAUGCGACUGGCCGUACUCGAGAAGGAGAGUUACACAGAGUGGAAGUUCUUGUUCAGGUUGGGCACCUCCAAAGUGGGGUGGGUGCUGAACAAGCUGGUGAGCCACCGCGAAACACUGCACCUGGUCAUGACGCGCCUCUGCGACCUGGUGGCACGGGACCAGUUCACGGCAGCGCUCGUCGAGCUGGGCAUCGUCGUGCCGACACCCGAGGUGCACCAGAAUGGCGUAGAGGAGGACGAUACCACCUCAGCCAAGGCCUCGCCCGACAGCACGACAGUGACGGCCGAGGCGGACGGCGUCCGCUGUGGUAGCAGCGCUGGAUUGGCUGCGGCAGCGGCUUCUGCAGAGCUCGAACAGCCGCAGAGCGAGCCGAUAGAGUCGUUGUGCGAGCCGCCACCAGCCAAGGACAGCCGGCUGGCGAGGGACAGCUUGCAGCUCUUCCUGGACGGCAAGGGCACGGACAUGUCCUUUGAGAUCGUCGCAGCACCGGGCUACAGUGGUGAUUCGAGUCCAGAGCCAGUCAACGACGCCGUCUCGGGUGGGCACUGGCAGAUUGGGGCACACCGGGUUGUCGUGGCGACCCGCUGCAAUUGGUUCAAGAAGGCACUCCUGAGUGGCAUGCGGGAAUCCAUCGACAGGAAGAUAGUGGUGCACGACACGCAUCCCGAAGUGUUCCAGCUGUUCCUCGAGUACCUGUACCGUGGCUGCCUCAACUCGCAGCACCUUACCACCGAGCAGCUCGUCGAACUCAUGCAGCUCGGGGACCGGUACGAGGUCGACAUGCUGAAAGAGAUCACCGAAGACGCCCUUCGUGACCAUUUGGACGAGGACUCUGCCCUGUUCUUACUCAACUUGGCCGACCAGCUUAACGCUAGGGAUCUCAGGAAUUCGGCACUUGAGUUUGUCGCCAUCAACAAGGACGUGGUAAAAAGCGACAGCUACUCCGAGCUUCCAGACGAUCUACAGACCGAGAUCAUGGAAACCAUAACCUGGUUCAAGCUCAGGAGUUCCCAGCGGCCCGAAGACGUGAUACCAUUCGGGUGCCAGUUCGAGCCUGCCAGUCCCAGUUCAGCAUCGUCCAGCCUCCUCGACAUUGAUGAGUUCGCUUCGGCGCUGAGCAUCUCCGGAAAGGAGACCGAUGCCACGCAGGUCCAGGCAGCAUCGAAGCCACCGACGAAAUGCAAAAAUAAUGAAGUGCGUAAAGAACCUUUCUGUUAUCCUUCCUCCAUAGAUCUUUUUUUCAUGCAUUCGUGAGUAAGUCAGCCACAUGUCCACCCUUUUAUUACAGGUUAUAUUAUUUUGCACCGUGUUGUCUCAUGCUUCAGUUGUCUUGUACAUUACGCAUAUUAGUUCAUGUUCAUCUCUCAUGCUUAUACAUUAUAUUUUGUUUUGCACUUCUUUGUUCUAGUUUUCUCCAAAGUGAGUGUUGCACUUUUCUUUUUCUUUGUACGCUGUUUGACUUGUCAUGUGUGGAGAAAAAUGAUGGCCUAAUUUUGAUAACUCUCUUGUGAUUAAAGCAGUGGGUAGUUUUUUCUCCCCUCUACCUUAUCUUUCUUUUUUUUUUUUUGGAGAAUGUUGGGUCUGUCUCAAGUUUUAUGCCUCUAUAUAUACAUAUACACACAAAUAUAUAUAUAUAUAUAUAUAAUAUGUUGCUGUUGUUGCCGUAGUUUAUUGACAUGCUGUUGCUGAUGGCUUCCCAUGCGCUUUCGCGUUGCUGCUCGGGUUGUCGCUUUGUAUCGCUUGCCUGUUCGUACUUGAACCUGUUGCGAGUGUUGACCUGGUGUGUCUGACAGACUUAGUGGCGUGUGCGCUCCAGUUUCUUGUGCAAUAUUUUAGCGCGUUUGGCACCUUCAUACUUUUGCCUGCUGCGUGACAACUUGCCAUUGGAGGUGGAAGCUUGUGGACCACAGUAAUCCAAAGUACGCCAGUAAUGUCUCAUGAAUGAUGACACACGGCUGUCGAAUGUCUUUAUGAUGAAGUUCUUGGGGCCUCCGAAACCCUUUGUUAUGCAGGUCACAUCAUUGUAAAGGUCAUGCACUGCACAGCUCAGAGUAGAACCAGGACAGAAUCAUUCUUUCAUUAUACAGGUCAUUUCAUUUUAGAGGUGCUCAACUGUAUUUGUUUUCUUUUUUGCUUUUACUUGCAGUGGUAGUUAGGAGUAGUUUGUAGCUAGACAUUGUUUACUGGUCAUUUAGAAUGUUUGGCGGUUCAAACACGUUGAUUGGCUCUCGUGGCAGCUUCUGCUUUCUGUCCCAACGGGGGGUGCUGUGGACACCGAGCUGAUGCAUUGUGAUAUUACAAUGAAUGUGAGGGUCUCUGUGACGCGUUGUGUGUUUAGUCUCUCUUCAGCAAUCGCCCAGCACCCACCAUUAGCGCCAAAAGCGUCUGCCACUAUGUGGACCAAUUACCAUGUUUGAAUCGCUGAGCACUGUAUUGUACAGUACAGUGUUUGGCUGUUGCUUGUAAAGGUGCUUUAUUUGCUUUCAAGAAAGCUGUAGGCACCAUUCGAAUUAUGCUGCGAUUCUGUUUAAAGCUUGGUUUCUUCUUUGUGCACGAUGCAUGUCUGUUUCUGAGUACAGUGUAAAAAGAAGCCUACCCUUUGGAUUUCAGCAAUCUACAAUGCUAUAAGUAGAUUAAAAGACGUGCAGAUGCGGAAGCACACUAUCAGUGCUGCAGAACCGUGCCGUUUUGUCACGUUUCCGGAAUAAAUAUUCGCAAACACAAAUUGCAAAUGGACUCAAGCCACAGUCAUGGUUUUGAGAGACUGCACGCAGCAAGUGGGCUGCUGCAUAUAAUGGCUACAUGUUGGCAUACAUAAUGAAGCCUCUAUGUGCAAUCCUGUGUCCAUUCUCCCUGUGGUUCCAGUGGUCCACAAGCUUCUGUACUCAAAAGUUCACGGCCCACAAGACAUUUUUCAAAGCAUAGCCGCAGGUAUUGUGGUUGCGGAAGUUGAAACACUCUUUGUGCUGCUAGCGCUACUGAUGCGAACUGUUUAUGUGGGCUUUUUUUUUUUUUACCCCAUAUGGUUACACAGCAUGAAGCAGUGAAAAUGCUAUGUUGUCUAUAUUUGGGCAAUCUUCAAAACAGUGAAAGGAAAAUUUCUCGCUCCAGCUUUGUUGAAGUGAGAUCCAAAACAUUUGCUGAAUAAAGGGAAAAUCAGACAUCCACCCGUUUGUAGCAAUUGCUACGAACGGGUGGAUGUCUGAUUUUCCCUUUAUUCAUUACUUCUCUCCACCUUGCGGGUUUCCGCAGAACUACUACGUCAAAACAUUUGCUGUGUGGACCUUUAAUUUUGGAUUUCGUUUGCAGGCCUUGCAAAAUGUUCCCGAGUAUUUUGUUAGUUAGCGAGGUGUUUAUGGUUCAGUGUAGAGUGUUUCAUACCAAACUUACUAGAGGCAGACGUGGCACUAGCGUCUAUGCGCCCCGCCUGUGUAGGGCGCAUAGACGGGGCGCAUCUAGCAUAGAAAUCAGGGUCAGUACAUGGAUCCCUCUAGACUUUGUUUCUUUAGCUUUGAAGAACCUUCUGGGUCCUUGUGUUAGCCUAACAUCGUAGCCUUAUAUUUGCCUAAUGUACUCUCCACUUCGUACCGUCACUCUGUUUUUUAAACACUACGAAUUUAAAUAACCUUUUAAGAUGCCUGAAAUAGCCCCUCCACGGGGAGUGUCAUCGCCCAAAAGCCAUCCAGGUCUAGCAACUUGCACAAUCGGAAAUGUCGAGACAUAUUUAUCCAUUCUAAAUCACAUGAGAGUAUAGAAUACAUGCAAGUGUAAAACAUUCCACUGCUCUGAAGAAAUAUUGCACAACCAGCAUGCAACACAGCUGAACCAAAAAGAAUGAUAAAAGCUGCACUUUGCUUUUCAGCUAAGCCAUGACAAAUUGUAGAAAAAUGCAUGUACCGUCAAACCUCCUUAUAAUGAAGUCACAUGCAACACGAAAAUACAAUCAUUGUAUCCAACAUUCGUUAUAAGCAUAUAUUUGUUACAUGAUAACAGCUAGAAACUUAGUUGCUUCUUUACAUCUGAUAAUUUGUUAUAUCCAUGUUUAUUACAUCAUGGUUCAUCUGUACUACCCAUCAUUCUCAUGGUUGUUGAACUGCAGUACUAGAUUUCUCUCCAGUAAUUUUAGCAGGGAACUAUGGUUCAUUUAACAGGAACGAACUUAUGUCUUACUUUUGCUCUUUUCUUUUACUUAGCUUCUUUGAUAGAAGAAAAUUAAGGUCAGUUUCUGUGCUUCGAAAGCGUUUCACCAAGUACCAUUGAAUGUCUUCUGCGAAUCGCAUUUCACUGCUUCAUGCAGCCCAUGCCUAGAUGGCACCACUGUUCUUAAUGUGCCCACCCAAGUCGUCGGCAGUGACUUUGGGCGAUGAAUUUUUUUCUUUUUUUAGAUGUUUCACAUCUCUCUACUCUGCCCCAACACUUUGACUGGUGCCGCCUUUCAAACGAGUUUGGCGAGGGUGUGUUGGAGUUGUCUCUGUAUCUUUCUAGAUGCCGAGUGUGAUUUAUACCACCACGCCCCCUGUGAGAAGGGUUGAUCUGUUAACCCAACAACCCCCUUGAGAGGAGCUGGUAAAUAAACGUACUGUGAAACUUU